AUGAAUCCUCUGCGCGAGACAAAAUAUUCCGGAGGUAAAAUACCUUCCCGAUCGGAUCUCCGGGGGAAGGUGCUUGCGCAGGAGAAUUUUCGAUUAAGAAGUACAAAAAGACGCAAACUGUUUACCUUCGCAGCGUGGAACGUUAGGAGUCUUUGUGACUCUCGCCAAUCGAAACAUCCUGAAAGAAGAACUGCUAUUGUCUCCAAAGAGCUGUAUCGACUCAAUGUGGAUAUUGCGGCCAUUUCGGAAACAAGACUACCUGGGGAAGGAUGUCUUGCUGAGAACGAAUAUACAUUCUAUUGGAAAGGGUACCCAGAAGAUCAGAAUAAAAAACUGCACGGAGUUGGCUUUGCAAUAAAAAAUAAUUUAGCUACCAAAUUGCAACAGGCGCCGCAAGCAAUCUCUGAGAGGCUUAUGACUCUCCGAUAUCCAAUAGGGCACAAUAAAUUUGUUACGGUAAUUAGCGUUUAUGCUCCAACUCUGAAGGCUGAUCCAGAAAUCACUGAUGCUUUUUACCAAUCUUUAGAGGAAGUUUUAAAUAAAACACCUAUACAAGAUCGAUUGAUCCUGAUGGACGAUUUUAACGCCCGAGUAGGUCGUGAACAUAACAUCUGGGAGAAAGUAAUCGGAAAACAUGGAAUAGGCAAUAUGAACGCUAAUGGAGAGCUUUUACUAACCAAGUGUUGGCAUGGCCUUACGAUAACAAACACCUUAUUUAUGCACAAUGACAAAUUUAAAGGCACUUGGCAACGUCCUAGAUCUAAGCACUGGCAUCAACUUGACCACGUCAUUGUGAGGCAAAGAGACCUUAAAGAAGUCCUUGAUACUAAGGCCUGA